AUGAUUGUGCACUCGUGCUCAAGGAGUGUCAAUCGCUUCUUCGAGGAUCCCCUGAAACAGGAUGCUGAAACGAUGAUUACGUUCGAGACGAUGCUUCGUGUGCUGGUGGCCCACAAGCCGCCGACAUUCGUGCUAGAGAAUGUCAUGGGGACAAAGAGCUCCAGCCAGCAGGUAAGUUCAUGCUUCACAGUGCCUCGCGCGAGUUUCCUGGAUCACGAACGUCAGCUAAGGAUGAGGAGGGUGAACAAGGCCGACGAGCAAGAUCCAGAUGCCUGUGCGCCUGACCUGUCGAAGUACAAAUGCCCUCUUGAUUAUUGUUUGGACGCCUUGCAGAAGAACCUUCCUGGUUACACCUUGGCUGUGGUUGAGAUCGACAGUCAUCCGCUCCCUGAGGAGCGGAAGAGGGUAUGGAUCCUGGGAUCCUCUUCUGUCGCUUUCUCCGCCGAUGCGUGGAAGAUGGAGGUGCUGGCCCUGGAGCAGCAGCAGCUACCAAAGCACCACUUGAGCAGUUUCUUCAAACUGUAUGGCCAGCAAGCCGGUGCCACCAUGGAUGUUGAUGCAGACAAGGACAGCAGAAAGCAGCCCAACCUCUGGGAUGCUGAGAAGAAAUAUUCUGCUGCAUAUGCUGCUGCGGUUGAAAAGGCUGUGCAGGCGAAGCGGCUGAGCGAUGAUUUCAAGCCACCUCCAAGGCAUGAGCGACCGAGUGCCAAAAUGGGCAAGCACCUGACGGCUUGGAUGCAAGCAAAUUGCGAUGUCUACAGCGCGAUUCUACUCCAGCAGCAACGGGAGAUCGAGGAGCAGAUGCCGUCAAUUCCAAGGGCCCCCUUUCCUGUUGCGGAUGUCAUGCAGAGCGUCUCGCGUGGACAUUUAAGCCUCAGUGGCCACUGGGGGACACUUUGCACAUCAUCGAAGCUGAUGCACAUGGACACCUUCCAGCUCAUGCCGGGCAGAGGGAUGCUUGCUAUGCUCGGCAACACAGUGGAGAAUCACGUGCACCUCGGCCUCAGUGAAUCGGAAUUGGCCAGCCUUGCAGGCAAUUCCAUGUCAUUCACUCAGUUGUCGCGCGUUCUUCUCCCGCUCGUGGCACACCGUCGGUCCAUCCUGACGCAGCCUCCCAGGGCAUAG